AUGUCGGGAGCACAAACUCGAGCUCAAAACGCCGCUAACGGUCCGAACGAUCAAUCUCGCACCAUACAAGACCUCACCGCCCUCGUCCGAGAACAAAAUGAACAAAUUCAACGCCUUGUUAACCUCCAAAACCAGAACCCUCCACCUCCACCAACUCAAAAUACCACACCCCAAGCCAUUUACGAAAGGUUUCUACGAAUGCACCCCGCCGAAUUCCAUGGAGGCCCCGAUCCAACCAUAGGUGAAGAAUGGAUCACAUCCCUCGAAGUCAUUUUCGACUACAUGGAAAUGUCCGACCAAGAUCGAAUCCAUUGUUCUCUUUUCCUACUGAAGAACGAAGCCCGUCAUUGGUGGGAAGGUACCAAAGAAGGAAUCGACCUAACGAACACUACUUGGAGCGCUUUCAAAAUCUUAUUCUUCGAAAAGUACUUUUCCAAAAACCUCCGAGCUCAGAAGCUAAAAGAAUUUCUUGAGCUAAAGCAAGGCAACAUGUCCGUACCCGAGUACGUAAGGCGAUUCGAACAAGGAUGUCUCUACGCCCCAUUCAUAUCCCGAGACGCUGACGAAAAGGCCAACCAUUUCAUUAGAGGCCUCAAUCCGGUGAUUCAACGAGAUGUCCGCAUGUCUUCCGUAACGACUUUUCGGAAAAUAGUCGACAAAGCACUCGAAGCAGACCAAGCCGAGCAAGAGAUUCGUCAAUCUCGAUCCGUUCCACCCGCCACUACUCACAAAUGGAAGAGGCCCCACCCCGGACCUAGCCAAAACAAGGGAAAAUGUCCAAUGAUUCAAAAGCAUGCUACGCCACCAGCCCGACCGAUUUGCCCAAAAUGUCGGAAACCUCACUUUGGACACUGCGUUCAAGGCACCAACAAUUGUUAUCGCUGUGGAAAACCAGGGCACUUGAUAAGGGAUUGCCCACAACCCCCACCGCAAAAUCGAGCUCCCGGUCGAGUGUUCGCAAUGACCAAAGAUGAAGCCGAAGCCGACCCUUCGAGAUAG